CUUUUUACUCUUGUGAUUUUUAUCGACAUAGACAGUUACUUUGUAGCUACAUCUAGCACUUUAUCUGGUUGAUUGAGGUGGAGGCGCUUCUCCGACUCCAGAUUCAAUGGGCAUCUGCGCGUCUUGCCUGGGUUUGGCGAGACGGGAAAGUCAUGACUCCGAAGCGUCACGGUUGCUAGAUGACGAUGUCUAUCAGCCGGGCUAUAGCUACGGUACAGUUCAGGCACAGCGUCACGGGCCCGAUCCGGAAGACCUGAAGCGCGAAAGAGAAGCCUUGGAGGCAAUCUGCCAACGCACAUCGGACUCCGUAAUUGAUAUAUGGGCCGUCCAGUCGCAACCAUUAGUUCCUCCCGCGCAAAGCAGCACAGCUACCACAGCAUCCUCCUCCCGCCUCCCCAGCAACGAUCGAGCAAAUGUGGUCUCUCCGACACUGCUGUCAAAAGGUGAAGACGCUUCGGCACUCGCCCAUCCAACACAUCCGCAAGAACGCGCAGACCGAUCCCCGUCGCCCCUUCCAGGCGAGAUUCCGGGAAUGAAAUAUGUCGCAUGCCGCGAUGCCGGACUGGGAGAGGCCACCGAACUAUCCACCGUACCGAGACACUGGGGAGAAGUCGUCAUGACGAAUCGAAGAGGAAGAAAGAAGAGACCCGGUAUCAACGGGACCAACGAAGAUGGCACCACGGCGGACGAUUUCUUCGGAGCAUUGGUGGUGAAGUAGAUUUUCGUACCAACAUCCCUGUGAACAUGGGGGAGAAGCUCGCGUGGAGCGAUGGAAACCGGAUUAAACGAAGCUUCCAAAAUAGCCCUUUUGACCGCACGGCAGGAUCACGCUACUGCGCUGGUGUCCUCGACUGCUACCUCGACCAAGUCGACCGCUCGUCAUUCAUUUUAUCACAUUUGUAUCGUGGCAGAUGAUAGUGCCCGGAACCACAAUGACACAUUUCCUUUUGCAAAUAACGCCUUUAGACUCGUCCCAGCGCCGUUAUACAUUCUAAACGAGGAUGUCCUCAGGUUGUCGGUAUUUUUCUCUAUCGUUCUCUCCUGCUUUUUUUAUCAAUACUCCUUUCUUUUCUUUUCUUUUCUUUUUUUUUUUUUUUUUUUUUUUAAUUUUAUUUAUUUACCUUGCAAGAGCAUCGGAGUCAGUCUUGGGCAAGAUGGAUAGCGAUGUACAUAUUCGGCUCUCAGUAUCAUGCUUCCGGGCAUCAAAAUUCCUUAGCGAACUCCCA